AUGUUUGAGUCGGCGCGUGCCAAGGUGAUGGACACGGUGCACGGCGCCGAGGACUCGGUGCAGUCGACCUUCCAAUCCGCCAAGACCACGGUCAUGGACAAGGUGCACAGCGCCGAGGACUCGGUGCAGUCGACCUUCCACGACGCCAAGACCAAGGCGGUCGACACGGCGUACAGCGCCAAGGACAAGGUGGUCGACACGGCUUACAGCGCCAAGGACAAGGUCGUGGACACGGUCUACGGCGCCAAGGCCUCGACGGAAGACGCGGCUGGAGAUGCGGCGGACAAGGCCCGCGAGCUCCAGAGCAAGGCUGCGGACGCGGCGCACGACGCCAAGGACAAGGUCUCGGACAAGGCGAGUGAGCUGCAGACCAAGGCCUGUGACGCCAAGGACGAGCUCGUCGGCAACACGGAGGACGCUAAGGCCGAGGCCGCGGACAAGACUCGCGAGCUCCAGGACAAGGCGUCGAGCGCUGCGGGCGAAGCCAAGGACAAGGCGGGGGACACUGCCGAGAACGUCAAGGCCAAGGCGUCGGACGCUGCGGGCGAGGCUAAAGACAAGACGCGCGAGCUGCAGGACAAGGCGUCGAGCACGGCCGAGCAGGCCAAGGACAAGGCGUCGAGCGCUGCGGGCGAAGCGAAAGCCAAGGCGCAGGACGCGACCAGCGAUGACACGCCAUAGGUGACCCAUCGUGGCGUUGGCGCCAGUGGGAGCAAGUCGCCUCACGGCCUCUUCCAGCUUCAUUUUAGGCCAACGUUAAUCCACUGCAUUGAGC